AUGACAAGAGUAGAGGCAACUGGUUCAGGUAACCUAGUUAUGGGUAGUUGCAUGAUAGCUGGUGUGUCUUGUUGUGUAUUGUAUGAUUCUAGAGCGACACACUCCUUUGUGUUAGAUGAUUGUGUGAAACGUCUGGGUCUACCAAUGUGCGAGCUGCAGUGCGAGCUUGCGGUGUCUACUCCGGCGUCGGGUCUGGUUAGGACGUCUUCCUUAUGUGUGAGGUGUCCUGUGGAGGUGGAGGGACAUAGAUUGUCAAGAGAAGAAGCUGUUUUUUCCCAACUCAGAGGAGCCUGUGUUGUUAACAUCUCAAGGGGUUAUGAAGGAGCUACAGGGGGUGCACAGGGUUACAUAAUCUUCACACAUCUGGGGGUGGAGCAAGAGGUGAAGACGUUAGUGAUACCGGUCGUGCAUGAGUUCGAAGAUGUAUUUCCGGACGAGGUGUCAAGGUUGCCUCCCCACAGAGAAAUGGAAUUCUUUAUCGAUCUAGUACCAGGAACCGGUCCAGUGUCGAUGGCUCCAUACCGUAUGGCUCCAGCAGAGUUAGUGGAACUCAAGAAACAAUAG